GAGGCACCGCCGGCGCGCAGCGGGCAGGCAGAGUGGAGGCGGCGGGCGUAGCCCAACCCCUCGAGGCAGCUGCCGGCCCCCGCGGGCGUCCGAGGGGAGGGGCUGGCGCUGGGGGCGGGGCUUUUCCGCGCCAGGGCCCCACCCACUGACGUCAGGCAGCCCAGGCGUCUCCGAGCUUCCCCGGCGUUACCUUGGCGCCCUGCUGGGCGUACCCCAGGAGCAGUCUCCGAGGGGAUGGAUGUUUUCGGCGUCAGAGCGGGUGGCACAGUUCAUCUGGUUUGUCAAGAUCAAAACUGAGUGGAAGAUGCCAGAGGUGAGAUCGUCAGGAAGAGCGGGAACCAGAACAUCUUUCUGCAUAUUGUGGACUUGUCCGAUUCCAAGACCAUCUGGAAAUGUGUUGAAAACUUCAAGUGAGAGCAUACCCUCAAUGUCCUGGUGUGUGUGUUCUCACAACUGCCCUGAUCCCCGGCUUGGAGAAAGAGCACAACCCCAGAGUGGACUGUUGGUUCAGAAACUGAAUACCAACGACCUGCAGUCGGAAAGGACAGCCUUCGAUGGCACCAUGGUCUAUGCACAAAACAAUCCAGCGGCAGCAGGUGGUUCUGACCAAGCUGUGGGCCCAAGCGCACCUGCCAUCCGCUUCUCCUGCAUGCAUCCCGGCUGCAUCGACACCCCAGGAACUAAUGGGAGAUGUGGAAAUCGAGGUUGCUCAUCGCAGCACCGGGGCUCGGCGCCUGCGUUAAUAAACCACGGGACUCCUGUGCAGGAAAUCUGCUCGGCCCUGAAACCCCUGCUGUGGAUGAGUGUCUACCGGGAAGGAAAACUGUCUUCGCUGGGUCAUGAAACAGCAGCUCCCCCCGCUGUGUGCAGCUGCCGACGGCUGGGUUCCAUGCCAGGCCGGGGGACAGGGUGCGGACACCUGCUGUGGCUGGCCCUCGCCCCCGCCACCACCGCACAGCCCAGCGGCCGCUUCUUCCAAGGUGACUCCCCCCAGUGCGUGAAGGCGCCCACGACCCCCCUUCCCCCAACCACAGACGGAGGGUCUCUCAGCCAGGGGGUUCUGGGCCGGGGGGGGGGUGGGGUUCUGGUCCUCUGCCUGGGAGGUCAGCCUGGGCACUGGGGGCGGUGGGGCCGUGUCUGCACUGGUGGCUGCACAGGGAUGGGGUGUGGGCGGGGAGGGGGCUUGGUGGGGGCAGCCCAGCCACCCCACCUGUGGGCUGUUGGACAGUGUGCAGAGAAAGACGUCCAUAAAGCAACACACCAGCUACAGCCUGGUGCCGACACGGCCGCAAGGCUGAUGGGCGCGCAGGUGGAGGCGUCCGUGUCCCCGGUUGUGGAGACAGGCCGGGCGCUGCGUGGCGCGGCAGGGCCACUGCCGGCCGGGACGGGCUCCUCUGGCCCAGCUCAAGGGCUGCGCUUCCUCAAAGGCGAGGCGCUGAGCCGGCCGCCGCGGCAGCCACCGAAUCAGCUGUGCCCCCGCCAAGUUCCCAGAUUCGUUACCAGGCGUGACGACAGUCAGGCGCAUGGCGUGUGGUUCUGCCGCUUUCCCAGCAUCGCUGUGUUGGGCACUACUUGCCUGAACCUGUGUGUUGAAGUAACAGACCAAGACAUUAAAGUGCAGUUCCAGUGGGUGAGGCGAGAACUAGAGCCAUAA